AUGACAACGAGCGUCCCUGGUUACCGCUUUCUCUCCCAACCCAAUCUCAGGCCUGUGUACACAUCGCUAUAGUAGUGCCGUGCUAUAACCGCAGCGAGCUCCAAUGGGCCAGUCAAGAAAUCAAUGCGGGAGAAGGCAGUAGAGCGCAGGAAUGUGAAUAAAGAGCACAACAGUAACUUUAAAGCUGGAUACAUUCCCAUUGAUGAAGAUCGCCUACAUAAAACAGGACUGAGAGGCAGGAAAGGCAACUUAGCCAUCUGUAUCAUUGUCCUUCUGUUUAUCUUGGCCGUCAUCAACCUAAUUAUCACAUUGGUUAUAUGGGUUGUCAUCCGUAUUGGUCCUAAUGGUUGUGAAAGCAUGGAAUUCCAUGACAGUGGCUUACUCCGGUUCAAACAAGUUUCUGACAUGGGAGUAAUACAUCCAUUAUACAAGAGCACCGUGGGAGGACGACGCAGUGAGGACCUAGUGAUUACUGGAAACAACCAGCCUGUGAUUCUUCAACAAGGCUCGACAGUACUAAAAGUGGACAAGGGCAAGACCUCCAUUACCAGCGACAUUGGCAUGGAGUUUGUGGACCCCCGAACUCAGAACACCUUGUUCAGCACAGAUUAUGACAAACAUGAAUUCCAUUUGCCUAAAGGAGUUAAAACGUUGAAUGUGCAGAGAGCGUCUACAGAGAGGAUUACCAGUAGCGCAAGCAGCGACCUGAAAAUAAAUGUUGAUGGAAAAAUCACUGUACGGGGAAAUGAAGGAGUCUUUAUAAUGGGAAAGACUAUAGAUUUCCGCACCGGAGGAAACAUUGUACUGAAAGCAGAAAACAGCAUAGUUCUGAAUGGCAGUGUGAUGGUGAGUCCUUCCCGGUUACCUACCUCCACGGGGGAGCUGUUGUACGAUGAUGGGACGGAGCGUUACAAGCUGUGCAUGUGUGCAGAUGGAACUUUAUUCCGAGUAUUGGUGGAAAGUCGCAACAUGGGCUGCCAGACUUCAGUUAACCCUUGUGGAGCAACAUUUUAAAGAGCAAAACCAUGCCAGCUAUUCAUGCAGGGUUUUACCUUAUUCAGUAUUUGUUUUGUGUGUAAACUGUUUGGAUACUGUACAAUAUUGAAGGCUGUUUCCCAGUAUUAAAUAUCUAAUCCAUGAAUUAGACAGUCCAUAUAAGCUUCCAGGAAUUGACCACAGUUUUUCUAUCAGUCGGACAUGUCCUUAGUGCACAUACAGUUACUUAGCCUCUGACUACUUCAUAAAGGUCUCAUGUAUAAUCAUUAUUUAUAACACAUUUACUAUAGUAAAGUGAUAACAUCAGGCUAUUCAUCCCCUGUAAUGUAAAAAAGCAACAAGCUAUGCAUUUAUUGAAUUAAUUAUGCAAUAUAUCAUAAUAUAUUUAAUAUUUUAUGUUGGUGGGUUUUUUUUUUGUUUAAAGAGGCAGGAGCUCCACACUUAAAGGGGUACUCUGCUGCUCAACGUAUGGAACAAACUGUUCCAAACGUUGGAGUCGGCGCCAGGAGCUCAUGACGUCAUAGCCCUGCCCUCUCAUUACGUCAUGUCCCGCCCCCUCAAUGCAAGUCUAUGGGAGGGGGCGUGACGACUGUCACGCCCCCUCCCAUAGACUUGCAUUGAGGGGGUGGGGCUAUGACAUCAUGAGCUCCCGACUACAGUGUUUGGAACAGUUUUUCCCAAACACUGAGCAGUCCCAACCACUGAGCAGCGGAGUACCCCUUUAAGGUGUCUUAUAGCUUUCCAUUGGUUAUUCUCCCUCCUCAUCUUAUCUUUAUGAGGCUGUGUUAAAGAACCUUUUUAAAUAUGUACAAUCUUUUGCAAAAGUACCCUUGCCAAAUUACAGAUUUUGUUGCCUUUUCAAGUGAAAAUCAACAACUUUUGCAGCUAGCAAAUGUGCAUAUUUUUUCCAAUUUUAUUUUCUAUUAUCUAGUGAGAUGUACCCCAAUAACUCAUUUGAGGGGAAGGUUUGGGCAUGUUGCCUUUUACCUUUUUUUUAAAUGGGGGGGGGGGGGGGGCAGUGGUGUUUGUUAGCAGCAUAGUCUCCUAUAUGUAAGCGACCGGCUAUAAGUUUUUAGAUUUUUACUGACACCAAACCAAAGCCACUUUUGAGUUUUUUCAUAUAAUUUCAGUCUUUUCCCUAAAUAAUGCUGCAUGCGGAGAAUAGCACAUCCAUGAUCAAAGACAACUACAGCUUUACAGCAAAAUGAUAUCAGGAACAUAUGCAGUAGAUAAGUGAGUGUAAACAGGUUAUUACUAGAGAUGAGCGAACUUACAGUAAAUUCGAUUCGUCACGAACUUCUCGGCUCGGCGGUUGCUGACUUUUC